CCCGCCCCGCCCGUUUCCGUUCGCCGCUGCUCGAGCUCGGGCCUGUGGAGCAGGAAGCGGCGGGAGCGAGACCCAGCGCAGGCCGCAGCUAUGGCAGCCAUUCGAAAAAAGCUGGUUAUAGUGGGUGAUGGUGCCUGUGGAAAGACCUGUCUGCUGAUUGUAUUUAGCAAAGACCAGUUCCCUGAAGUGUAUGUUCCCACCGUCUUUGAAAAUUAUGUAGCAGAUAUUGAAGUGGAUGGAAAGCAGGUUGAGUUGGCUUUGUGGGAUACAGCAGGACAAGAAGACUAUGAUCGACUUAGACCGCUUUCUUAUCCGGAUACUGAUGUUAUACUUAUGUGUUUUUCAAUUGAUAGUCCUGAUAGUUUAGAAAACAUCCCAGAGAAGUGGACCCCAGAGGUGAAGCAUUUCUGCCCCAACGUGCCUAUCAUCUUGGUAGGAAACAAGAAGGACCUGAGGAAUGACGAGCACACAAGACGAGAGCUGGCCAAAAUGAAGCAGGAGCCUGUCAAACCCGAAGAAGGAAGAGAUAUGGCAAACCGCAUUGGUGCAUUUGGGUAUAUGGAGUGUUCGGCAAAGACCAAAGACGGUGUGAGGGAGGUUUUUGAAAUGGCCACUAGAGCUGCUUUGCAAGCCCGGCGUGGCAAGAAAAAGUCCGGGUGCCUUCUCUUAUAAAGUGUGGCCAGAGGAAGAUGGCCAAAGCAGCACCCUGCACUUGAGUAAUUUUGAAGUGCUGUUUAUUAAUCUUAGUGUAUGAUUACUGGCCUUUUUCAUUAUCUAUAAUUUACUUAAGAGAUUUAAAAAUCGAGUCAUCUUGCUACCAGUAUUUAGAAGCCAACCAUGAUUUUUAUAACAAUCUGCAUCAAAUUCAUCUGUGCACCCAAGGUUAACCUCAACAUUCCUCUAACAAACCUUUUCUGCACUCACAGGAUAUGCCAGGCGCUAAUUGAAGACAAUUCUCUAUCUUCUUUCUUCUCUCUAGAAAGAGAAAAAGCUAUCAACACAGAGGAUUGGUCUGUAACUACUUUAUAACUAACGCCCUAUUCUAAUUGAGUACAACAGUUAUAUGGCUGUAUGUGGAAUCAAGUGUAGCUUCAGUGCUAUCACAUUUAGGAAGAUCUGAUUUUCAUGGCUCAGUGUGUAAAACAUUAGUUUGAAAAUGUGAUCACUCUGAAAUGACCAAGUCCCAUUCAGCUAAGGAAGAGUGAGGGUUCUGUGGUUUCAUGUUAGUUACCUUUUAGUUACUGUGUAAUUAGUGCCAGUUUAAAUGUAUGUUACCAAAAAUAAAUCUAUUUACCCCAGCUUAGAUGUAGUAUUUUUUGUAUAAUUGGAUUUCCUAAUACUGUUACUUGUAACCUCUGCGUUAAGGUGUUCUGGGUUUUUUAAGAAACUGUAUUUGAAAAUAAAGUCCGAUGGAAAGCA